AUGCGUAUUCGAACUACGAUCGUUUGGCCACACUCCUAUCGUGUGAAAAGAGCUCAAGGCCUAGUGAACGCAAGCCGAGCCGAGUCUAUCGAGUCCUCGCCCGUGGUUGAAUCCGCCGUCUCCGCGCAUGCCUACGAGGUGCAGAAGCUUCUAGCGCUGAAAGACGCGUUCUCUCAGUACGCGCCGGCAGCACUGCCGUCCUGGAGCGUGGAGGGCGGGGACCCGUGCAAGAGCCAGUGGAAGGAGGGGAAAAUCGCGUGCAACAACGCCGGGCGCGUUAUCAGACUAAACCUGUCAAAUCAGAACCUCAAGGGACCUCUACCAGGCCAGGAGUUAGCCAAAUUGGUUGCUCUAAAAAGACUGGACCUCGGAUUCAACAACUUCACGGGGGAGAUUCCCAUUGAACUCGCUGAUCUCGGCAGCAUCACCUACCUGUCGCUGGAGAGCAAUCAGAUCGAGGGUGCCCUUCCCGAGUGGAUUGGCUCAGAAUGGCCCUCCUUGGUACACCUGCGAUUGGCCAGCAACCAGUUUUCGGGGCAGAUUCCAAACGGCUUCGGGCAGCUGAAAAACCUUGUGAUGCUGGAUCUGGCAUCGAAUCAGUUUUCAGGCUCCAUACCAACAGAUAUUCAAGUGUGCUCGCGCCUGGAGCAGCUCUCGCUUUCCGGGAACUCACUCUCAGGCCCUCUACCCACGUGGAUAGGCAACCUCAAGCAGCUGCGCGUGCUUGAAAUGUUCUCCAACAACCUCUCAGGCACCAUUCCCGCCGAAAUCGCCCAGGCCACCUCCCUUGAGUCCAUUGCACUUGACGACAAUGACCUCUCGGGCACGCUACCAGACGCACUGGGCAAUCUGCCCUCCCUGGCGGCGCUCUACAUGGCGUCCAACCUGCUGGAGGGGCCCAUCCCCUACAGCUACCACCGCCUCAACGGGCUCAUGUAUAUUGAUCUGAGCUACAACACGGGCAUCAAUGGCACAGUGCCAGAGUUCUUUGGCAACCUGUGGCUGCUGGAAUCCAUAGCGUUUGAGAACUGCAACCUGACCGGGACCAUCCCCGCGUCCCUGGGUUCUCUUUCACUUCUUGUGGAGAUCUUCUUAGACAACAACAAGCUCACCGGCUCAAUUCCAGAAACCCUCGGGGGCCUCGAGUCGCUCAACAAGCUCUACCUCAACCAGAACUUCCUGGAAGGUUCCGUGCCGAGCACGCUGUGCAACCUGACCAACGUGCGCGAGAUCAAUCUGUCCAAGAACGGGCUCGAUGGGGACCUGCCCAUGUGCUUGGUGACGCUGCCGCACGUGACGUCCCUCCUCGUGUCAUACAAUCAACUCUCAGGGGAUGUUCCGGAUAUUCCCACCGACAGCAAGCUCUUCUUCAGAUACGACCACAACUGCUACGAGGGAAUGCCGGAUCAAUCCCCGUGUGCCGAGCCUGCCUUCACCAGCGAUGGCACCACCACCAGUGAUGGGAAUACCAAUGAUUAUGCGGCAGACAAUGCCACUUGGUCCGAUACCACAGCGGACGAUUACCAGCAGUUUUACGACAACGAGACCAUGGGGGGUGGCAGCAGCGGUGACCAGAACCAGCAGCAGCAGAGCAACCAGUCAUCAUCCUCCAGUCACACCCCUGUGUUCAUCUACAUCCUCAUUCCGCUCCUCGCCAUGGUGCUGGCCUGCGUGGCUGCAUACCACUUCUCUCCCAAGUUCAGAGACGCUGUGCACGUGCUGAUCAACGGGAGGGACAAACUGGGCGUGACUGAGUUUGACCUGACACGCAUCAAGAAGGCAACAGGAAACUUCACGGCAGAGUACGGCCGAGGCAGCUUCGGGGUGGUGUUUCUGGCAGACGAGUUCUUCAAAGGGCAGCCGGAGCCACGAGCAAUCAUCAAGCGAGCCCACGACCCGCAGAAGGUCAGCGAGUUCCUGUUCAAGUGCAAGGUGGAAAUAUUAGCAAAAGCGCGCCACCGCUACGUGGUGAACCUGCAUGGCUACUGCGUCAACCAGGGGGAGCGCAUCCUCGUUUAUGAGUUCCUCCCUAACGGCACUCUCUUCGACCGCCUCCACCGUCCCGAGCUUGAGCCUCUGGCCUGGGAAACACGCGUGCGGGUCGCAUACCACGUUGCCAGUGCGCUGGAGCAUCUGCAUCACGACCUCACUCCCCCGCUGGUGCACAGAGCAGUGACUUCCUCCAACAUUCUCCUGGCUGCUGACAUGACUGCCAAGCUGAGCGACUUUGGCAUUGCCAAGGGAAGCAGUGGCGGGAAAACCGCCUUUGACGACACGCCUCGUCGCAAGAAGAGCCGGAAGCACAAGCAGGUGGCUGACGUGCAGUCGCCGUCGCCCCAGAUGGAGAAAGCGGAUGUGUAUGGGUUCGGAGUGGUGCUGCUGGAGUUGAUCACGGGGCAGAAGGCGAUGAAGGAGGUCCACAUUACCACCAUGGCUGCUCCCUUCCUGGAGGACCCGCAGAUGAUGCCUCUCAUGGUCGACCCCUACCUGGGGGGCAACUAUCGUCAGGAGGAGCUCAUAGAGCUGGGCGGCCUGGCGCGGGACUGCAUCCAAGAAAACGCCGCUUGCCGGCCCUCCAUGCGCGAGGUUCUGGAGCGAAUGGAGGAAACUCUGCCGUCCGUGGGUGUGUGCAUCGAAGGGGACGGAGUGGGAGGGAAGGCCGGGGAGGACGAGGAGACUGGGUUGCUUGUGGAGGGGUAUUCUGCCGCAGCGCCCACGUUCGGGCAGGGUGUUACGCACCUGCACCCUCCGAAUGUGCGGGUGGACGGCGGGGGGCAUGAGCAGGGAUCUGCUGUGAUGCGGGAGGAGAGGCAGGUCACGGGAAUUUCAGGGAUUUCGGCGCCGGCGUCGGCUUGGGCGUCGAUUGAGGGCUUUGCCAAGUCGAUUAAGAGCGCGAUUGUGAACCCGAGGGGGCAUCGGGGGGAAUCGGACCAUGAGAUGUCGUCGCUGCUGGUGCUGGGAGCAAAGACAGGGAGCAGCAGCAGCAGUGGGAGUAAUGUCCUGUCUGCAAUCAUGCGAAUCCUUGCCGUACAUCACGGCGUCUCUCGCCUCUGCACACUGCCUUUCUCCAUCUCCACCGCAUUCCACCGAUCCCGCCCUACCCGACUCGAACCCCGUCUUCUGGCGUCCCAGCCUCCCGCCAAAUCCGCGCAUUUCCCUGGGCGAUCUUCCGCCCAGGCGCAUUCUUCCGCGCAGGCUCAUUCUUCCGCCCACGCGCACUCUUCCGCGCAGGUCAACCCCGCAGAGAUGGUGGCGGAGGCGGAAGCCUUGGACGGGCCUAGUACCGCCACCGCUCCUAUUUCCGCGAACGGCGCCGGUAUUACGGGCCCCGUUGGUACUACUAGCGCCCCGAGCUUUGCUGCUGGGUCCUUACUAGUGAAUAGUAUUGAAGGUACCGUUCCUUUCACGCUCCGCGGUGUCGUUUUCGAUAUGGACGGGACGCUGACGGUGCCGUGCAUAGAUUUUGCCGAGAUGCGCCGGCGCGUGGGCGCCACGAGCCCGGAUAUUCUGCACGAGAUCGACGGCUGGGAUGAGCCGAGACGAGUCGAGGCGUAUCGCGUGAUUGGGGAGAUGGAGGAGGAGGCGAAGCGACGGCUGCAGAUCAUGCCAGGGGCUCGCGAGCUCAUCGCCUUUCUUGACGCCCGGAACAUUCGGCGAGGGCUUAUAACAAGGAAUGUGAAGGAUUCAGUGGACCAUUUUCAUAGCAGCUUUGAGGUCCCUCCUUUUUCGCCUGCUCUCAGCCGCGAAUUUCAGCCAUAUAAGCCACAUGCUGCCCCGUUGUUGCACAUAUGUGAACAAUGGGGUGUACAUCCUUCGGAGGUGAUUAUGGUUGGCGACUCUGCAAAAGACGAUGUGGUGUGUGGAAAGAGAGCAGGUGCUAUCACAUUUUUACUUGACGAGGAUGGCAAGUUCCCUAGCGUUGACGAGAUGCCGGAAGAAAUCAGACCCCAUUUUCGUAUCAGAACAUUGAAUGAGAUGCUGAAUCUCCUUAUGUCACCAAUGUUUGUGCUACACUCUGACUAG